CUGAUUGCAACACUGGUCUCCCGUGAGACACUGCUCUUCAGGCUGUUGCAUGGUUCGUGUAAGGCUGCUGCACAUUCCAGCCUUUCUUGGUCAAAGGACAAUUUUGGAGAGAAAGCAUGCCGAGGUACACGGUGCAUGUCCGAGGAGAAUGGCUGGCAGUGCCGUGCCUUACUGGCACAAACACAGUAAGGUGGCUGGGAAAGGAAGCCGUGAGACGGUACAUGAAAAACAAACCUGACAAUGGGGGAUUUGCCUCGGUGGAAGAAGUAAAAUUUUACAUUCGAAGAUGCAAGGGACUUGGCUUGCUGGAUCUUGAUGACACGGUGGAGGAUGCUCUAGAAGACAACGAGUUUGUUGAAGUUGUUAUUGAAGGAGAUAUAAUGUCCCCAGAUUUCAUACCAUCUCAGCCUGAAGGAGUUCAUUUAUACAGCAAAUACCGAGAACCAGAUCAGUAUAUUUCUUUAGAUGGCAACAGCUUAACAACGGAGGACUUGGUCAAUUUAGGAAAGGGUCUCUACAAGAUAAAGCUCACACCUGAAGCUGAAGCUAAAGUCAAACAAUCACGAGAAGUGAUUGAAAGGAUUGUGAAGGAACAGACAGUUGUUUAUGGAAUCACCACCGGGUUUGGGAAGUUUGCCAGGACUGUCAUCCCAAACAGUAAGCUGAGGGAGCUUCAAGUGAACUUGGUUCGUUCCCAUUCUGCAGGUGUGGGGAAACCUUUGAGCCCAGAGAGAUCUCGCAUGCUGUUGGCGCUGAGAAUCAAUGUCUUAGCAAAAGGAUACAGUGGAAUAUCCCUAGAAACGCUCCAGCAAGUUAUCGAAGCAUUUAAUGCAUCCUGCCUUCCUUAUAUCCCAGAGAAAGGGACUGUUGGAGCCAGUGGAGACUUGGCCCCGCUCUCUCAUCUUGCUCUGGGAUUAAUUGGAGAGGGAAAGAUGUGGUCCCCAAAGAGUGGCUGGGCUGAUGCUAAAUAUGUCCUGGAAGCCCAUGGUCUGAGACCAAUUACCCUGAGACCAAAAGAGGGUCUGGCUCUCAUCAAUGGGACACAAAUGAUCACCUCGCUGGGAUGUGAAGCAGUUGAAAGAGCCAGUGCUAUAGCUAGACAAGCUGACAUAAUUGCUGCCCUGACACUUGAAGUCUUGAAGGGUACAACAAGGGCCUUUGACACUGAUAUCCAUGCAGUGCGCCCACAUCGAGGGCAGGUUGAAGUGGCAUUUCGGUUCAGGUCCCUUCUAGAUUCUGACCAUCACCCAUCAGAAAUAGCAGAGAGCCAUAGAUUCUGUGACCGAGUUCAGGAUGCAUACACAAUGCGCUGCUGCCCUCAGGUCCACGGAGUUGUAAAUGAUACAAUUGCUUUCGUGAAGGACAUCAUGAUGACUGAAAUCAAUAGUGCCACAGACAACCCUAUGGUGUUUGCUGAAAGAACAGAGACUAUUUCUGGAGGAAAUUUUCACGGUGAAUAUCCUGCAAAGGCUCUGGACUAUUUGGCAAUUGGUGUGCAUGAACUUGCUGCAAUUAGUGAAAGACGAAUUGAAAGGCUCUGCAACCCCUCACUCAGUGAAUUGCCUGCAUUUUUAGUCACUGAAGGAGGUCUGAACUCUGGCUUCAUGAUUGCACACUGCACAGCAGCUGCCCUGGUUUCUGAGAACAAAGCCUUGUGCCACCCCUCUUCUGUGGAUUCUCUCUCAACGAGUGCUGCUACAGAGGAUCACGUGUCCAUGGGAGGAUGGGCUGCAAGAAAAGCUUUGAGAGUUAUUGAACAUGUGGAACAAGUUCUGGCUAUUGAGCUGCUUGCAGCCUGCCAAGGCAUUGAAUUCCUACGCCCUCUGAGAACGACAACCCCAUUGGAGAAGGUCUACGACCUUGUGCGCAGUGUUGUGAGGCCUUGGAUGAAGGAUCGCUUCAUGGCCCCAGACAUUGAAGCAGCUCACAGACUGCUUGUGGAGCAGAAGGUGUGGGAAGUGGCUAAACCUUACAUUGAAAAGUACAGGAGGGAACACAUCCCUGAAUCAAGACCCAUUUCACCAACAGCUUUCUCCCUUGGAUUGCUGGAAGUGAAUACGGGUGUUGGUCAUGACCACAGGCAUCAGGAUGAACUUUAAGAACUGCGGUUCUCUGGCAGAGAGCAGAUCCUUUCUAGGACCUUUCCUGAGGGUGGCCAUUCUUCUGUAACUCAGUGUGGACCCAAAAGACCUGACUGUCUAGCUCACAAGUCAGAAAUGACUCACUAGUUUCCUUACAUGUGAAAGACAUCUUUGUCAUCGUAGUGUGGUUUUUGACUGAAUUUCCUGCACUUCCAAACAAAGAACAUUCAGCCUCUGCUGACAUCAGUGGGUGUUUUAUACAGCGCCUCCUGUUUUUGUUUUGUCAGCUCUUUGCUUGUUUUCUCUUCAUCUAUGCCAAUGAUACCAAACAGCUUAAGUCUGAUAUUCUCAGCCUCUUUUUUUUUCUUUUGGGUAACUGCUAUGGUCCUUUUCAUGCUGCCACAAGCAAAAUCAUCUUUACAAUUAACUCUCCUCUCUUUUGCCGAUCAUAUGCAAGGUCCAGGUUCUUGUAUAACAAGAGCACUUUUAGAGCAGGUGUGUCACAAAUCAGAAAAGCUAUGUGCCUAAAAGUGUGCUAUGGAGAUCAUUACUCAGACCAAAUAUAUUGUAUCCUGGUGAUGGACCACACUUAAUGCAGAUUUCCAAGAGCUACGGGCUCACACCUGCAAGAAAUAAACUGCAAUAAACUGAGACUUCACACACUUCACAUACUUCAAUCU